GGAGCGAUCUUCCCUAACGAGACCGUCAAUGCCUCUGCUCUCUUCGGCCAGCGGCUCUCUUUCCCUUGUCCGCCCGGCUACUUCUGCACCACGGGAACGACAGCGCCGACGCCAUGUCCUCCCGGUACUUUCUGUCAAGGCAGCAACAGCCAGCCCGAUCCUUGCGCCGCAGGGACGUUCAAUCGUAACUUCACUGCUACCAGCUGCAGCCAGUGUGCCGCGGGAUACAUUUGUAGCCCAGGCGGAGUAGCAGACUACGUGGCAGGGACGUACUACGCGGCUCCCUCGUUGUAUGCCUGCGCGAAUGAGAGCGGCGGCGCGGUAGCAUGGACACAAGAGACAGCAACUAAUGGGACAUACGUGGCUGGAGACGUCGUGACAGAUGUAGACGGUAACGCGUAUGUGAGCGGAACCGUGUCAAGGGCGAGCGAGGGAGUCUAUGAGGUGGUUCUGACCAAGUAUAGUACAGCUGGGAGAGAAGUAUGGACGAGUGUGCUGAGCUCGGAGAGCUCUCCGGCAUCAGCCCAAGGGAUGGCAGUCGCAAGCGCGGGGUCUCUGUACGUAGGGAUCAAUCGGGAGGGGGGAUGGUCGGUGUUUAAGGUGAGCAGCUGCGGGCAGCAAGAAUGGAGAGUGGACGAUGCAGACUCUCUCGAGGACCAGGCGCGGCUCGGGCUGGCGGUGGGAAGCGACGUAGUACUAGUCGCUUGGACCAACGUCUCUGGAAGUACCACUGUCCGGCAGUACACGAUGGAGGGGAAGCUGGCGUGGGAGAGGGUCAUGAUAGCGGGAGCCGCAGGGGCGAAGGUCAUAGCGACAGGGCUUGGGGCUGACGCAGCGGGGGGCGGCUUCAUGGUGGGGAUGUACGAGGGACAGUUUGCAGGGCAAUAUGCCGAGGGGGGAUGGGAUGGGUUUCUGCUUAGAUUUGGCGUCGACGGACAUACUGUUUGGAUAUCGAAAUUUGGUUCUGUGUCUUCGGACGUUGUUCGAGGGUUAACAGUGGAAGGGAGUGUUGUUCUCAAUGGUCUCAUGUCGUCUGGUGGCAUUGAUGGUUUUUUGAUCAAGUUUGCUAAUGAUGGUCACUACUGCCCUGAGAAUAACUCCUUGCCCGUACCAUGCCCGGAAGGCUCCUUCAGCGCUGAUCAAAACCUCGCCUCUGCUGGCGAGUGUACAGCCUGUCUUCCGGGCAAGUACUGCGGCACAUCAGGGCUCCGGUCGCCCACGGGAGAUUGCUUUGCUGGUCACCUGUGUCUUCAGGGAGCGAUCUUCCCUAACGAGACCGUCAAUGCCUCUGCUCUCUUCGGCCAGCGGCUCUCUUUCCCUUGUCCGCCCGGCUACUUCUGCACCACGGGAACGACAGCGCCGACGCCAUGUCCUCCCGGUACUUUCUGUCAAGGCAGCAACAGCCAGCCCGAUCCUUGCGCCGCAGGGACGUUCAAUCGUAACUUCACUGCUACCAGCUGCAGCCAGUGUGCCGCGGGAUACAUUUGUAGCCCAGGCGGAGUAGCAGACUACGUGGCAGGGACGUACUACGCGGCUCCCUCGUUGUAUGCCUGCGCGAAUGAGAGCGGCGGCGCGGUAGCAUGGACACAAGAGACAGCAACUAAUGGGACAUACGUGGCUGGAGACGUCGUGACAGAUGUAGACGGUAACGCGUAUGUGAGCGGAACCGUGUCAAGGGCGAGCGAGGGAGUCUAUGAGGUGGUUCUGACCAAGUAUAGUACAGCUGGGAGAGAAGUAUGGACGAGUGUGCUGAGCUCGGAGAGCUCUCCGGCAUCAGCCCAAGGGAUGGCAGUCGCAAGCGCGGGGUCUCUGUACGUAGGGAUCAAUCGGGAGGGGGGAUGGUCGGUGUUGAAGGUGAGCAGCUGCGGGCAGCAAGAAUGGAGAGUGGACGAUGCAGACUCUCUCGAGGACCAGGCGCGGCUCGGGCUGGCGGUGGGAAGCGACGUAGUACUAGUCGCUUGGACCAACGUCUCUGGAAGUACCACUGUCCGGCAGUACACGAUGGAGGGGAAGCUGGCGUGGGAGAGGGUCAUGAUAGCGGGAGCCGCAGGGGCGAAGGUCAUAGCGACAGGGCUUGGGGCUGACGCAGCGGGGGGCGGCUUCAUGGUGGGGAUGUACGAGGGACAGUUUGCAGGGCAAUAUGCCGAGGGGGGAUGGGAUGGGUUUCUGCUUAGAUUUGGCGUCGACGGACAACAAGGUUGGGUGCGUGCAAUCAAUGCAUAUCCUUCUGUCAGUGGCGUUGGAGUGGAGGUCGCGGCUGGCUGGCUGGUUGUGUAUGGUAGAGCUUGGAGCUUGCAGAACAGCACCGAUAACGUCAGUGCUGCCCAAGACUCAUGCACAGUGGGUAUUCGCAGGACUAUCUCAUCCCCUGUGUCCGGCGCAAGCGAUGUGUUUGUCAUCAGGUAUGGAGCGGAUGGAAACACGACCUGGUCCAAGGCGAUUGGUACUUGCGGAAAUGAUAGACCUGUAGGGUUAGCGGUUGACAGCUUCGGCGGCAUCUACCUACUCGGCCAGUCGCCUGCGGACGCGAGCCGAGGUGGGCCUAUAGGCUUCAGCGUCAAGCUGAGCCGGGGCGGGGACCUACUAUGGAAGCAGACUUGGGGACAAUCAGCUGAGUCUGCGGGAGGAGGCAUCUCCGUAGGCAGCGGUCUGGUCAUAGCCGCCAUGGACAGCUACAACUCAAGCUCCGGCUCCAGGUACUCCAACGUCACGGCGUACCUGUCUAAUCCGGCUUGCUAUGGGCUGAGCGAAGGAGGAAAUUUCGUUUGCCCCCCCGGUCAUUUCUGUGUGGAGGGUCUCAAGUCUCUUGCGGAAGGAGCCUGUCCCCCCGGAACGUACAGCAACCGCUCGGGUCUUGCAAGCUUCUCUGAGUGCGAGAGCUGCUUGCCAGGCAUGUAUUGCAGCGAGUGGGGGUUGACAGCGCCUACAGGACCUUGCGCAGCAGGUUUCUACUGUACAAGCGGAGCAGCAGAUCCCAACGCCAGCAUGUGCGACCCCCGCAGCGUCUCGAGCGUGCUCACAUGUGCGACAUCGCUGCUCUACAAGGAGUGCUCGCCCAACCUGACCUGUGGAGGAAUAUGUCCCGCAGGGUACUUUUGUCCUGUAGGCUCCCCUACACCCACGGCAUGCACUCCGGGCUAUUAUUGCGACAAAGACGGGCAGGGCAUUGUUUCAGGGCCUUGCUCUUCGGGCUACUUUUGUGGCUAUAGCUCUGGAGGAGCAGGAGCUAGCACACCGACGCCGGACUCUGCGGACAGUCGGGGGCCUUGUCCUGUCGGAUACUACUGUCCCGAAGGAACUGUAUAUCCGAUCCCAUGUCCCAAGGGCACUUUCAGGCCGUACUUGAAAGGGCAGGCCAACAGCUCGUGCCUGGCAUGUACGCCAGGAUUCUACUGUCCCGUCCAAGGUCUCUCCAACGUGUCUGGGUAUCCAUGCAGCGGGGGCUUCUACUGUCCUGGAGGUCAGUCGACCGGGACGCCAUCCGGGUAUCAGUGCCCAGUUGGUCACGAAUGUCCCGAGGGGAGCAAGAGUCCCAAGACUUGUCCUCCGGCUUACUACCAGAACGACGUCGGGCAGUCCGCCUGCAAAGUGUGCGAGGCGGGCUACUACUGCACGGGGAGCCCCGACCUGAACAGCGGCAGCGGGGCAGUGAUCUGUCCGACUGGAUACUACUGCCCUGCGGGGUCCGCCGAGAAGCUGUCGUGUAGUCCUGGGACCUACAUGCCCAGGACGGGCGAGUCCGCGUGCUGGAGCUGCCCAGCUCAGUCCACGUGUCCCGAAGAAGGCAUGAGCAGUCCAUUGCCAUGCCCCGCAGGUCACUACUGCCCCGAGAAUAACUCCUUGCCCGUACCAUGCCCGGAAGGCUCCUUCAGCGCUGAUCAAAACCUCGCCUCUGCUGGCGAGUGUACAGCCUGUCUUCCGGGCAAGUACUGCGGCACAUCAGGGCUCCGGUCGCCCACGGGAGAUUGCUUUGCUGGUCACCUGUGUCUUCAGGGAGCGAUCUUCCCUAACGAGACCGUCAAUGCCUCUGCUCUCUUCGGCCAGCGGCUCUCUUUCCCUUGUCCGCCCGGCUACUUCUGCACCACGGGAACGACAGCGCCGACGCCAUGUCCUCCCGGUACUUUCUGUCAAGGCAGCAACAGCCAGCCCGAUCCUUGCGCCGCAGGGACGUUCAAUCGUAACUUCACUGCUACCAGCUGCAGCCAGUGUGCCGCGGGAUACAUUUGUAGCCCAGGCGGAGUAGCAGACUACGUGGCAGGGACGUACUACGCGGCUCCCUCGUUGUAUGCCUGCGCGAAUGAGAGCGGCGGCGCGGUAGCAUGGACACAAGAGACAGCAACUAAUGGGACAUACGUGGCUGGAGACGUCGUGACAGAUGUAGACGGUAACGCGUAUGUGAGCGGAACCGUGUCAAGGGCGAGCGAGGGAGUCUAUGAGGUGGUUCUGACCAAGUAUAGUACAGCUGGGAGAGAAGUAUGGACGAGUGUGCUGAGCUCGGAGAGCUCUCCGGCAUCAGCCCAAGGGAUGGCAGUCGCAAGCGCGGGGUCUCUGUACGUAGGGAUCAAUCGGGAGGGGGGAUGGUCGGUGUUUAAGGUGAGCAGCUGCGGGCAGCAAGAAUGGAGAGUGGACGAUGCAGACUCUCUCGAGGACCAGGCGCGGCUCGGGCUGGCGGUGGGAAGCGACGUAGUACUAGUCGCUUGGACCAACGUCUCUGGAAGUACCACUGUCCGGCAGUACACGAUGGAGGGGAAGCUGGCGUGGGAGAGGGUCAUGAUAGCGGGAGCCGCAGGGGCGAAGGUCAUAGCGACAGGGCUUGGGGCUGACGCAGCGGGGGGCGGCUUCAUGGUGGGGAUGUACGAGGGACAGUUUGCAGGGCAAUAUGCCGAGGGGGGAUGGGAUGGGUUUCUGCUUAGAUUUGGCGUCGACGGACAACAAGGUUGGGUGCGUGCAAUCAAUGCAUAUCCUUCUGUCAGUGGCGUUGGAGUGGAGGUCGCGGCUGGCUGGCUGGUUGUGUAUGGUAGAGCUUGGAGCUUGCAGAACAGCACCGAUAACGUCAGUGCUGCCCAAGACUCAUGCACAGUGGGUAUUCGCAGGACUAUCUCAUCCCCUGUGUCCGGCGCAAGCGAUGUGUUUGUCAUCAGGUAUGGAGCGGAUGGAAACACGACCUGGUCCAAGGCGAUUGGUACUUGCGGAAAUGAUAGACCUGUAGGGUUAGCGGUUGACAGCUUCGGCGGCAUCUACCUACUCGGCCAGUCGCCUGCGGACGCGAGCCGAGGUGGGCCUAUAGGCUUCAGCGUCAAGCUGAGCCGGGGCGGGGACCUACUAUGGAAGCAGACUUGGGGACAAUCAGCUGAGUCUGCGGGAGGAGGCAUCUCCGUAGGCAGCGGUCUGGUCAUAGCCGCCAUGGACAGCUACAACUCAAGCUCCGGCUCCAGGUACUCCAACGUCACGGCGUACCUGUCUAAUCCGGCUUGCUAUGGGCUGAGCGAAGGAGGAAAUUUCGUUUGCCCCCCCGGUCAUUUCUGUGUGGAGGGUCUCAAGUCUCUUGCGGAAGGAGCCUGUCCCCCCGGAACGUACAGCAACCGCUCGGGUCUUGCAAGCUUCUCUGAGUGCGAGAGCUGCUUGCCAGGCAUGUAUUGCAGCGAGUGGGGGUUGGCAGCGCCUACAGGACCUUGCGCAGCAGGUUUCUACUGUACAAGCGGAGCAGCAGAUCCCAACGCCAGCAUGUGCGACCCCCGCAGCGUCUCGAGCGUGCUCACAUGUGCGACAUCGCUGCUCUACAAGGAGUGCUCGCCCAACCUGACCUGUGGAGGAAUAUGUCCCGCAGGGUACUUUUGUCCUGUAGGCUCCCCUACACCCACGGCAUGCACUCCGGGCUAUUAUUGCGACAAAGACGGGCAGGGCAUUGUUUCAGGGCCUUGCUCUUCGGGCUACUUUUGUGGCUAUAGCUCUGGAGGAGCAGGAGCUAGCACACCGACGCCGGACUCUGCGGACAGUCGGGGGCCUUGUCCUGUCGGAUACUACUGUCCCGAAGGAACUGUAUAUCCGAUCCCAUGUCCCAAGGGCACUUUCAGGCCGUACUUGAAAGGGCAGGCCAACAGCUCGUGCCUGGCAUGUACGCCAGGAUUCUACUGUCCCGUCCAAGGUCUCUCCAACGUGUCUGGGUAUCCAUGCAGCGGGGGCUUCUACUGUCCUGGAGGUCAGUCGACCGGGACGCCAUCCGGGUAUCAGUGCCCAGUUGGUCACGAAUGUCCCGAGGGGAGCAAGAGUCCCAAGACUUGUCCUCCGGCUUACUACCAGAACGACGUCGGGCAGUCCGCCUGCAAAGUGUGCGAGGCGGGCUACUACUGCACGGGGAGCCCCGACCUGAACAGCGGCAGCGGGGCAGUGAUCUGUCCGACUGGAUACUACUGCCCUGCGGGGUCCGCCGAGAAGCUGUCGUGUAGUCCUGGGACCUACAUGCCCAGGACGGGCGAGUCCGCGUGCUGGAGCUGCCCAGCUCAGUCCACGUGUCCCGAAGAAGGCAUGAGCAGUCCAUUGCCAUGCCCCGCAGGUCACUACUGCCCCGAGAAUAACUCCUUGCCCGUACCAUGCCCGGAAGGCUCCUUCAGCGCUGAUCAAAACCUCGCCUCUGCUGGCGAGUGUACAGCCUGUCUUCCGGGCAAGUACUGCGGCACAUCAGGGCUCCGGUCGCCCACGGGAGAUUGCUUUGCUGGUCACCUGUGUCUUCAGGGAGCGAUCUUCCCUAACGAGACCGUCAAUGCCUCUGCUCUCUUCGGCCAGCGGCUCUCUUUCCCUUGUCCGCCCGGCUACUUCUGCACCACGGGAACGACAGCGCCGACGCCAUGUCCUCCCGGUCAUUUCUGUGUUGAGGGUCUCAAGUCUCUUGCGGAAGGAGCCUGUCCCCCCGGAACGUACAGCAACCGCUCGGGUCUUGCAAGCUUCUCUGAGUGCGAGAGCUGCUUGCCAGGCAUGUAUUGCAGCGAGUGGGGGUUGGCAGCGCCUACAGGACCUUGCGCAGCAGGUUUCUACUGUACAAGCGGAGCAGCAGAUCCCAACGCCAGCAUGUGCGACCCCCGCAGCGUCUCGAGCGUGCUCACAUGUGCGACAUCGCUGCUCUACAAGGAGUGCUCGCCCAACCUGACCUGUGGAGGAAUAUGUCCCGCAGGGUACUUUUGUCCUGUAGGCUCCCCUACACCCACGGCAUGCACUCCGGGCUAUUAUUGCGACAAAGACGGGCAGGGCAUUGUUUCAGGGCCUUGCUCUUCGGGCUACUUUUGUGGCUAUAGCUCUGGAGGAGCAGGAGCUAGCACACCGACGCCGGACUCUGCGGACAGUCGGGGGCCUUGUCCUGUCGGAUACUACUGUCCCGAAGGAACUGUAUAUCCGAUCCCAUGUCCCAAGGGCACUUUCAGGCCGUACUUGAAAGGGCAGGCCAACAGCUCGUGCCUGGCAUGUACGCCAGGAUUCUACUGUCCCGUCCAAGGUCUCUCCAACGUGUCUGGGUAUCCAUGCAGCGGGGGCUUCUACUGUCCUGGAGGUCAGUCGACCGGGACGCCAUCCGGGUAUCAGUGCCCAGUUGGUCACGAAUGUCCCGAGGGGAGCAAGAGUCCCAAGACUUGUCCUCCGGCUUACUACCAGAACGACGUCGGGCAGUCCGCCUGCAAAGUGUGCGAGGCGGGCUACUACUGCACGGGGAGCCCCGACCUGAACAGCGGCAGCGGGGCAGUGAUCUGUCCGACUGGAUACUACUGCCCUGCGGGGUCCGCCGAGAAGCUGUCGUGUAGUCCUGGGACCUACAUGCCCAGGACGGGCGAGUCCGCGUGCUGGAGCUGCCCAGCUCAGUCCACGUGUCCCGAAGAAGGCAUGAGCAGUCCAUUGCCAUGCCCCGCAGGUCACUACUGCCCCGAGAAUAACUCCUUGCCCGUACCAUGCCCGGAAGGCUCCUUCAGCGCUGAUCAAAACCUCGCCUCUGCUGGCGAGUGUACAGCCUGUCUUCCGGGCAAGUACUGCGGCACAUCAGGGCUCCGGUCGCCCACGGGAGAUUGCUUUGCUGGUCACCUGUGUCUUCAGGGAGCGAUCUUCCCUAACGAGACCGUCAAUGCCUCUGCUCUCUUCGGCCAGCGGCUCUCUUUCCCUUGUCCGCCCGGCUACUUCUGCACCACGGGAACGACAGCGCCGACGCCAUGUCCUCCCGGUCAUUUCUGUGUUGAGGGUCUCAAGUCUCUUGCGGAAGGAGCCUGUCCCCCCGGAACGUACAGCAACCGCUCGGGUCUUGCAAGCUUCUCUGAGUGCGAGAGCUGCUUGCCAGGCAUGUAUUGCAGCGAGUGGGGGUUGACAGCGCCUACAGGACCUUGCGCAGCAGGUUUCUACUGUACAAGCGGAGCAGCAGAUCCCAACGCCAGCAUGUGCGACCCCCGCAGCGUCUCGAGCGUGCUCACAU